AUGGGCGGUCUCUCUUCCAACGCAGACAAAAUAAUUCCGAUCUCCAGGCGGGUAGGUCUAAAUGAAUCUCAGCCAAGUGUCUUCAACACGGCCGAGUACAAUGCGACAACUAUUGUCAGGGAUUUCCCACGCAACGCCAGAAAAGCCAUCUUCACAAUCCAGGCCUGCGGGCAAAUUGAUGAGGAAUUCUGGUGGUCGAAUCUUCCCAGCUCCACGGCCCUCUCGUUCAACGCAACUGGGAACCCCUCGGGCGGAUUCUCCGCCUACAGAGAGAUCCAACUUUUCAUCGACGGCCAGCUGGCAGGGAUUCAGGCACCUUUCCCUAUAAUUUUCACAGGAGGCCUCAGCCCUUCUUUCUGGAGCCCGAUAGUAGGAAUCGACGUUUUCGACGAGAAAGAGGCCGAGGUAGAUAUCUCGCCGUUCUUGCCGGUACUUUGCGACGGUGCACCGCACAACUUCACACUCAGAGUCGUGGGACUUGAUGACGACGGAAAUGAUUCGGCAACCCUGUCCACAAGCGUUGGUGAUUACUGGCAAUUGUCCGGCAAGGUCUUCGUCUGGACUGAAGAUGAUGCUUCUUUCAUUACGACUGGACCGGCGCCCACCCUUGAUGCUAUUGAACCCGUCAUCACCCUCGGCCAAAGCCUGACGCAGAACGCAACGGGCGCCAACGAGACGCUCAAGUACGAUGUAUCUGUCACGCGCUCCAUUCGUAUCUCAGGUUCCAUUUCAACCCCUGACGGCCCAGUCAACACCACUUGGACACAGGAUGUCACAACCACCGCCACGGGUUUCAUCAGCGACUUCGGGAAUACCUCGAGCGUACACUUUAAAACAAGUGCCACUACCUCUUCGGCCCGCGAUGAUGCAAUCGAGUUCUCAACCUCAGCUUCGUAUCCGCUGGUUGUCAACUCCACGCAGUUUGCCUUGCCCAACGGCACAGUACGCACAGACACCGUGCUCAGCCGCUCAAAAGACACAAGCAGGACUGUAGGCGAGGAAGAUGUCUUCCCGAGCGGGUUGCAGGUCUUCUCAGUCCUGCCUGCGACGGCAGAUGUUGUGCCGAAUAUCACAGAGUUGUCCCUCUCGACUUCUCAGGAGGCAUCCGGCACGCGCUUGGUGUUCCCAGGCGGUGGUGCACAGAAUGGUAGUUAUGCCGUUGCUAGUGUCGGACAGGAAAUUCUGUUUGGAGGGAAGACGAACGGGGCCGCAGGGGUCACUGAGCUCUACUUUAGGGAUGUGUCAGUCCGUAGUGAUGGUUCGAUUGUGUCUGACACUGAGAGAGUAGCUGGCAGCGAGGUUGCCCCGGGCAGGGCGGGGUUGGGGCCAGGAGCAUGA